GACAAUUCGACCAUAUUUUGUAGAAGGGGCUUCCAGGAAGCCUGUGCGCUUUACCUUCAUGGCUGGUGGCGAAAUCUCAGAACGCCCUGACAUUUGCAAGGACGUUCUGAAGACUCCCCCUCGAAGAAGAGCAGAACGGCUUGCAUGUGGAUUGCCAGCCUAUGUCAACUGUCAGUUGGAUGGUCUUGAUAAUCCGGCUCCAAGGGAGAUUCCCCAGGUGGAAGAACCUAUGAGGGCCCGGCCUCCGAAUCUGCAGCCAAAGCCACCACACGCUGCCCCAGGAGCUUUUGAGAUACCCGCGGAGCUUCUGACCUACCCGAUCCCUCCGCAGAUUGUCGUGGGAUUGGCGCAAGAGAGCUUCAACAGGUGGCUGAACAACAUCUCCACCGAGAUCAGCCACAAGAACCGGGAUGUAGGUCCGUUGUACAUUGAUGAGUUCGACCUUCAAAGCCUUCGUGACAGGCGAAAACUUAGAUUUUCUAGCUGCCAGGCCUAGGCUUCAUUCUCUUGACCCCAAGAACUUAGGAAGCAUCGAAGGAUACUGGCGCAACGAAUUCGUGCCAGAUGGAGAUUGAAGUAGCUUGGCAAAGGCAGGUGCAGGCAAUUCGGGGAUGGUGACAGUGGUUGGAGGAGUGUAAGCUGGAGAGUCUUGUUGAGAGAGGAGUCCAGGCAACCUCUCUGCAGACGUUGAACAAGGCAGCGAC